UUGUACAAUUAUCUCAGUGUGAGCACGCAUAAGAAUUUUUCAAGAGAGCAACUGGCAACAAGAUACCUUCAUAAUCUCACCUGAACCCACAAUCUCUCGCUUAUCAAUUUGCCGGGAAUGGCAGAAAAGACAAUAAGAUCAAUGUAAAUAGGUACUAAAACGUGAAAUCUCCCUAAAGACAUUAGAAUUUGCCUCAAGAAAAUGCUUUACGUAACGUCGUGGACAAUUCUAUUAAAAAUCAAUGGUGCAGAAUAUACCUUAAUGUGCGAUGAGUGUGAUAAAAAUGCAGAUAGUCUACCCGAUGUCCAGUGAUAAAAACAUAAUAUGAUCAAUACAGUGACUCUGUGACCUGGGAUUUUUUUUUACUUAAAAAUCUUAGGAGCAAUUGGUGAUUUUGCUGUUUGGAAAAAAAACACUCAAGUUUCAGUAUUUUUCACUUUCUAUCAUUUGGCCACCGAUCUUCAAAUCUUUAGCUACUGAUAAGCUUCAGAAAGGGUUAAUCAGUGUCAAAAUCGCAAGUGCAGCUACUGCAUCAAGUGAGAAGAAAUUGCAGUGAUUGUGAUAAAAUGGAUUUUAUGCUCGGUGGAGCUGCAGCAUGUGCUGCGUGUCUCUUCACGAAUCCUUUUGAUGUCAUUAAGACUCGACAGCAGCUCCAGGGUGAGCUCAGUAAGGCCAAACCCGGAGGGCCUAACCCGUACAAAAGUGUUUUUACUUCAAUCCGAACAAUAGUCAAAUCUGAGGGAAUUAGAGGUCUUCAGAAGGGUCUGCCCUCAGCAAUGUUAUUCCAGUUCAUAAUGAACGCUACGAGACUAGGUAUCUAUGAACAUAUGGAAAAGAUGGGCUGGACAAAAGAUAGAGGUGAGCACCAUUCGCCAUUUCGUAUAGUGGUAAUGGGGGGAAUGUGCGGAAUGAUAGGAUCCGGCAUAGGUGCUCCAUUUUACUUGGUAAAAACCCAAAUUCAGGCUAUGUCAAAAGGAGAUUCCGCUGUCGGGACUCAGCAUAGUCAUAGAGGAACUAUGGACGCUUUUAGGACAAUUAUUCGAGAAGGAGGUUUAAAAGGAUUGUGGCGUGGAGCCUCAGGGAUUAUGUGCCGAACUGCAGUUGGAUCAGCAUCACAAUUGGCAACAUUCAUAGAAAUCAAAGACUUUUGUCACAAAUAUGAGGUUUUCCAGAACAGCGUUUUCCUGACGUCCAGCUGUGCAAGCGUUGUCAGUGGAUGCUGCAUGGUACUCUCUAUGACGCCCCUGGACGUCAUUUCGACCAGACUCUUCAACCAGGCUGUUGAUGAGAAGGGACGCGGAGUGCUCUAUAAAAACAUCUUCGAUUGCCUAAUCAAGACAUUCAAAGCUGAGGGUUUUACAGGACUCUACAAAGGCACCAUGCCAAAUUUUUACCGUGCUGGACCACAUACGAUCCUCCACUUGACUUUCUGGGAUCUUUUCAAGGAAUGGCUGAGUCCCUACCUGUCAAACCCUUCACCGCCUAAUUGAUCCUUUUAGAAAAAAUUGCUAAAAUUGCCAAACAAUUCUAAAUAAGAAGUAUUUUCAAGCAAA